AUGGCAUCGCCGGAGGCAACAAGUCCUUUAAACUCAAUCUACCAAGCUACCAUCACUGCACUGCCCACUCCACGUCACCCAGCUCAGUCCCAGCACAGAUUCGUUGAACAGCAAACUGGAAUUCCACAAGACAUAAGCAAUUUAGAGACCGUUUUGGGCAGGAAAGAGGAAGAUCUCCAUCUCCAUAGCGCUCAUUUUUACAAAGCGCUCCUGAUCAUGCAAACCAUGAAGGCCGAAGACUGA